AUGUGCCCGUUCCCAUGGACUUCCUCAGGUUCGUGUGCGUCUGAGGCAGCGGCACCUCCGCCCGCGCAGAGCCGCUCAUUCGGGGGCUACUGUCCACCGUUUCUCCCAAACUCUAUGUCGAUCAACAGAACCAAGGCACCGGGAUUUCAAGACCUGCACCACAAGCGCGCUCAGCCUGGCCGAGCUGAAGGAGGCUACGAGGCGCAGCGGGUAUAUGCUGAGCUGAGCGGUCCGGCCAGUGAGUCCGAGCCCAGGCCUGAGCAAAGAGGGGGGCUCGAUUCUUCCAGUGGAGACACAUGUGCCAGGAGCAGCUUCAGUGAAGGUGCCCCUUGGUGCUCGUCUCAAGCCAAAACCAGAAAAAAGAGAAAGCCGUAUUCCAAGCCACAGCUGGCGGAGUUGGAGAACGAGUUCAUGAUGAACGAGUUUAUUAACAGACAGAAGCGGAAGGAGUUAUCAGACAGACUAGACCUCAGUGACCAACAGGUGAAGAUAUGGUUCCAGAACCGCAGGAUGAAAAAGAAGCGACUGAUGAUGCGAGAGCAGGCCUUCUGCGCGUAUUGA